AUGGUCGUCAAGGUCCAGGUGAAGGUCAAGGUCAAGAUCAACCACCUGAGGAUCCUGCAUCGCUUCUCCUUGGGGAAAGGGGGAGAUACUGGCCGCCAGGCGCAGCAGGAGCAGCAGCAGCCGUCAGGAUUCUUCACCCUCCCUCUCGAACUGCGCCUUAUGAUAUACGACUACGCCUUCCCUCCUCCUCGCUCGUCUCCCUCCCCUUCCCCCUCCUGGGAUAACACCGCCACAAAUCCAAAAGAAAUCCACAUCAUCGUCCUCCCUGGCUCCCAUGGCCACCGCAUCCUCGCCAUUCCCUGCACCGAUCCCGUACGCACGUGGGAAUGGAACUGCGUCAAUAUGCGCUGGUCGCCUUGGUUCCACCGGCAGCGCGGCAAUGGGCCCGUCAUGGGGUGGCAUUGCGAUUGCAUGUAUCGGUGGGUGGAGAGGAGGACGGGGGCGUGGGGGCCUUGUGUUGCGAGGAUGGUGGAGGCGGUGUGGGAUCCGGUUUGGGCGAUGGAGAGGGCGCGGAGGAUGAUGGAGGAGGGGAUGGAGGGGGAGGAGGAAAGAGAGGGAAGAAAGGGUGGUAUAUGGGGAAGAAACAAGGAGGAAGAGACGGAGAAGGAGGGGAAGAAGAUCGGAAACUGGAUGGGGAAGAAGAUGAUGACAACAGGGAUUGGUGCGACGAGGGUGAGGGCGACAAACCUAGCAACCCUCCUCCGUGUAUGCAAAGCCAUGCACGACGAUGUGGUUCCCCUUGUCUAUGGCCAGCGCACGCCUACGAUGAGGUUCCACUCGCUGGCUUCGUUGAUCUGGUUCAAGGAGAGGGUUUCUGGCGAGGGGUGGAGGUGGGUGAGGGCGUUGCAUGUGGAUUUGAGGCAGCCGUUUGCGGCGGGCGAGAAGAAGAUGCAGGGGAAGCAGAAAGGGAAGAACGGGAAGGGAUGUGAGGGGGGAGGGGAUACGUUGGGUGCGGCUUUUCCGAGGAAGGUGAGGGAGAGGUAUAGGGUGCUGUGUUCAGGAUUUUCGGUGGAGGAGCCGGAGCGGGAGGAAGAUGAGGAGCAAAAGAAAAAGACUGGGAAGAAGAAAAAGAAGGAAAAUCACAAAGCCAGCGGCUGCAAUGCCCCCUUGACAAGAAGAAAACGGAGUAGAAAUGCAAAGUAUCCGACCGAAUGGACCGCCGUCUGCGCUCUCCUCUCCACCAUGACGGGCCUGCAGAGCCUGCGCAUCAGCCUGUCCAGCGCGAGAAUGGCGCAUACACUGUCCAACGGGGGAGUGGAGCCACUGGCCCGGGAUGGCGUUGUUCAGAAAACGCAGGAGAAGCGAGUCUUCGCGCCUUUGGCAGAGGCGGUGGGGAGAUUGAGGGAGGGGAAGAGGGAGUUGCAGACUGGGAGGGGGAGUAUCUAUGGAGCAGAAGAAAAAGAAGAAGAAGCAGAGAGUUUGAGUGUGAAGGUGGAUGUCGAUUGGGAGCUCCACGACGAUGGCGAUGACGGCGAGGAUUACAAUUUGACGGAAGGACUCUUUACAGUGCAAAGAAUGGGGUUAUGUGAUAUGGACGCGGGUGAAGAGGCGUUGUGUGAGGCCUGCAGAGAGUUGGAGUGUGCGAGGACGAGGUGGGGAACCAGUGACGGAAGACGUACAGUAGACGAUUAA